CAAAAUCCUCCGGUCGGUGUAAAUUUUGCCGACAACGACAACACUCUUCGUGACUAAUCGCGUGUCCAGCCAGUUUUAUUUGCUGCGUGAGCAAGGCCAGAAACAGUGGUUUGUGAUAUCAUUUUGACGAGUGAUAAACUAUCGCAAGCAUUGCGUCAACCAACAUUUUUGUAACAGUUUAAUCAUCAUUGCGACAACAUGGCAAAACGAGUUCAACCAACGUGGCAAACGCCGACCCCGCUUUACGAAGAACCCAAACUGCGCCUGUACAAUAGUCUAACCCGGCAGAAAGAACUAUUCGUUCCCCGGGAUGGCCGAAAUGUGAAGUGGUACAGUUGUGGCCCGACGGUUUACGAUGCGUCCCAUAUGGGACAUGCUCGGUCCUACAUUAGCUUCGAUAUACUCCGUAGGGUACUGACGGAUUACUUUGGAUAUAAUGUACUAUACGUGAUGAAUAUAACGGAUGUGGACGAUAAAAUCAUCAAGCGAGCCCGGCAGAACUACCUGUACGAACGGUACGUAGCGAAGACAACCUCGUUGGAGGAUCUUCUGAAUGACAAUCGGGAAGUGAUGGAUGCUUUCCGAGAAAAGCUAGGCGGGACCACCGACCCAGACAAAAAAGUUAUGAUGGAACGAAUGCUGGACAAUCUGACGGCCGCUGUUGAUAAUCUUACGAUUGCUGUGAAAAGCGGCCAAAAUGGACAAAUUAAAGAUGCCCAGCGGCAGUUUUUGGAAGACUCCAGAGAUCCGUUGGCGGAUUUAUUGGACAAAAAGGAAGGAGCUACGGUUACUGAGAACUCAAUUUUCGAAACUCUACCACGUUACUGGGAGGACGAGUUCCAUAAAGAUAUGAACUCCCUUAAUGUGCUAUCACCCGAUGUACUAACCAGAGUUAGCGAGUAUGUUCCACAGAUUGUAAAAUACAUACAGGAGAUAAUCGAUAACGGAUUGGCCUACGAGGCUAAUGGAUCAGUUUAUUUCGACGUAGCUGGAUUUGAUAAGCGUGAAAAACAUUAUUAUGCUAAAUUGGUUCCGGAGGCUUACGGCGAUACCACGUCCCUUCAGGAGGGUGAAGGAGAUUUAAGUACUGGAGAAGAUAGGCUGUUGGAAAAACGUUCCGCAAAUGAUUUUGCUCUUUGGAAAAGCAGCAAGGCGGGUGAACCUUGGUGGGACAGUCCCUGGGGUAAAGGUCGCCCGGGGUGGCAUAUCGAGUGCUCUGUAAUGGCUUCGGAUAUAUGCGGAGAUUAUCUCGAUAUUCACACUGGUGGUGUGGAUUUGAAAUUUCCGCAUCACGAUAACGAAUUGGCUCAGAGUGAGGCGCAUGAUGGAACUUCCGAGUGGGUGAAAUACUUUCUACACACGGGGCAUUUGACAAUUGCAGGCUGCAAAAUGUCUAAGUCUCUGAAAAAUUUCGUCACAAUCCAACAGGCUCUUCAAAAGCACUCGGCUACUCAGCUGCGAUUAGCCUUUCUGCUACACUCCUGGAAAGAUACGUUGGAUUACUCUGAAAACACAAUGGAAAUGGCCGUACAGUACGAACGAUUCCUAAACGAAUUUUUCCUUAAUGUAAAGGAUUUGACACGGCACGUGGUAAGCGGAAAACCGCGUGAUCAAUUCAACAAUUGGACCACAGUUGAAGCUGAACUGCAGGACAAAUUAAAUGCCGCGAAAAAAUCAGUUCACGAAGCUCUUUGUGAUAACAUCGACACUCGGACGGUGUUGGACACUCUAAGGGACCUGGUGUCCCACAGUAAUGUGUAUAUUCGUGACUAUAGACAAAAAGUGAACGCCUUGCUACUGAGACGUAUCGCAAGCUACAUUACCGAUUUACUGCAUACGUUUGGCGCAAUCAGUGGACCGCGAGGAGGAAUUGGUUUUCCCAUUGGAGGGACAGCCGGAAGCUCUGACCUCGAGGAAACCGUUAUGCCGUACUUAUCGGCUUUGGCCGAAUUCCGCGAAGGCGUACGCGAGCAGGCACGUGCACUGAAAGCUACUGCCAUUCUCGACCUGUGCGAUCAGCUGCGUGACGAUAUCUUGCCGAAUUUAGGCGUACGUCUGGAAGAUCGCGAAGGUAGCGCAGCGGCGCUUAAACUUGUAGACCGCGAUGUCUUGCUAAAGGAACGGGAAGCCAAGCGAGCAGAAGAAUCUCGGAAGGCGGCGGAGAAGGAACGCAAAAAAGCGGAAGCACUGGCAGCCCAAGCAGCCAAAGAUGCGCAACGAAAGAUCAACCCAAUCGAUAUGUUCCGAGCGGAAACGGAUAAGUAUUCAGCGUUCGAUGCCCGUGGAUUACCGACACAUGACGCGGAAGGUAAAGAAAUUAGUAAAGGGCAGCAGAAGAAACUGCAGAAGCUACAACAGCAACAAGAGAAGCGUUAUCAGGAGUAUCAGGAUUCGUUGAAGGCUUGAAGCUGAGUUCUCUCCUUUUCCCGUUCAUAACGUGAUAAAUUUCAUCAAUUAUAUAUAAAGCUAUUGCUAUGAAAUGUUUUAUUCUAUCAAUCUAAAUGCAUGCGAAAAUUUUUAAUCAAAAGAAGAAACAUUAAGCCUCAUACCCAUCCUUUUCACACUGUUCGAUAAGACCUCAGACCACAGAGUAAUCCUAUUUGUCCAGGCUCAGAAGCAAGUCUCUCUAAUGAGAAAUAAAUUAUACCUGCUGAGAGCUUGAUCUUGAAUCAGCAUUUAUAAGAUAUCAUUUAAUGACAAUUUGCAAAAGUUAAAUAAAUUAACUCAAUUACUGCAUGAAAAUCCCGAUUUUCAUGGUAUAACAA